AUGAAAAUGAAGCUCGCGCUCGCUGCUGCCGCGGCCGCCCUUGUUGGCCAGGCUGUGGCAGAUGUCGACCCUAUUGUUAUCAAGGGCUCCAAAUUCUUUUACUCCAGCAACAACACCCAAUUCUACAUCCGCGGUGUCGCAUACCAACAGGACUACUCCACAAACAGCACCUCAUCCACCUCCGACACAGACUACAAAGACCCCUUGUCCGACUCAACCGCCUGCAAGCGCGACGUGCCCAUCCUGCAGGACCUCAACACCAACACCAUCCGCGUCUACGCCAUCGACCCCACGGCCGACCACAAGGAGUGCAUGUCACUGCUGGCCGACGCAGGGAUCUACGUUAUCGCCGAUCUCUCGGACCCAUCGGAUAGUAUCAACCGCAAUGAUCCGCGCUGGGAAACGGCGCUUUAUACCCGGUACACGAGCGUCGUUGAUGAGAUGGCUGGGUAUGCUAAUACGCUUGGGUUCUUUGCGGGCAAUGAAGUGUCGAAUACGGUUGCGACGACGGACGCGAGUGCCUUUGUGAAAGCUGCGGUGCGUGACAUGAAGGCUUAUAUCAAGAGUAAGAACUACCGCUCUGGUCUGGGUGUGGGGUAUGCCACGAACGACGAUAAGAGUAUCCGCGAGGCGAUGGCGGAUUACUUUAACUGUGGCGAUGAGGAGGAUGGGAUUGAUUUCUGGGGGUAUAAUAUCUAUUCCUGGUGUGGGGAUAGUAGUUACAGUGCGAGUGGGUAUGAGGACCGCACGGAGGAAUUUAAGGACUACUCGGUUCCUGUCUUCUUUGCUGAGUAUGGAUGCAACGAGGUUACGCCGAGGAAGUUCACCGAGAUUGAUGCGUUGUUUGGGAGCCAGAUGAAUGAUGUUUGGUCCGGGGGUAUUGUCUAUAUGUACUUCCAGGAGGCGAAUGAUUAUGGUCUCGUCUCCGUCGUCGACAGCACCAGCGUCUCCAAGCUCGCCGACUACAGCUACUACUCCAGCCAAAUCAACGCCGUCUCAGCAACCGGCACAAACAAAGCCUCAUACACCCCAACCAACACAGCCCUACAGUCCUGCCCCCCUGUGAGCUCCGGAACCUGGCUCGCAACCGCCUCGCCUCUCCCCCCAAGCCCAAACACAGACCUGUGCAGCUGCAUGGACGCCGCAAACGCCUGCGUCGUCGACUCCUCCGUCAAGUCCGCCGACUACGCGGACCUCUUCUCCGUCGUCUGCGGGAUGACCGAGUGCACCGGUGUCUCUGCGAACGGCACCACGGGCUCCUAUGGCGCGUACGGCGUGUGCCAGCCUAAGCAGCAGCUUAACUGGGCGCUGAACAAGUACUACAGCGAGCAGGGCGCUGCGUCGGCUUGUGACUUUAGUGGUUCGGCGAGUACGACUUCUACUAAUAACCCGACGGGCACCUGUAGUUCGAUGAUGAGCCAGGCUGGCACUGCGGGUACGGGCACUGUUACUGCUACUGGGUCUGGCUCUGGCUCUGCGGCCAGUGAGACUGGAAGCUCUGGGGCUGGUCGUCUCCAGGUUGGCGGUGCUGGUGUUGCUGUUGCUGUCCUAGGUGUUCUGCUUUAG